CUCCAACCUCCGCAACAUCUACAACCUCCGCAACAUCUCGUCGCAGGCUAUCUCUUCAGUCUAUCAUGAAUGCUGCUGCCAGACUCAUACACCUUACUAACCAUUCUGUAUCUGCCACCUCUCUCUGCCAAUCCCUCCAGUGGGUCCUCCAUCCUUCUCUGCCAAUCCCUCCACUGGCCUCCAUUCAGUGUCCUCCACCCCUCUCUGCCAAUCCCUCCACUCAGUGUCCCCAGUGUCCUCCACCCCUCUCUGCCAAUCCCUCCACUGGCCUCCAUUCAGUGUCCCCACUCCUCUCUGCCCCCUCCAUUCAGUGUCCCCCACCCCAAUCCUCCUUCCACUGGCCUCCAUUCAGUGUCCUCCACCCCCCUCUGCCAAUCCCUCCACAAUUCAGUGUCCUCCACUGGCCUCCAUUCAGUGUCCUCCACCCUCCUCUGCCAAUCCCUCCACUGGCUUCCCAU